AUGUGCCAAUCCGCGAUGCAGAUUGACACUACGCAAGAAGACUUGCAUGCACUCGCGCAAAGAGUGGCUGCCUGGUCGCGGGAGGCGGCCGAACUAUCGGAGGGAUUGAAAGAGGAAUCAUUGCUGUUGGACCUUAGCCGCCAAGCUGACCGACUCGCAGCCAGUGAGGCGCAGCACCGUGAACUGCAAAAACAGGAACGAGUAAACAGGCUGAGUUUGGAGAACGGCGAACUGCGCCGAGAGCUGCGACAGCUAGUCCACAUCUGCAAGAUGCUGCUGGACCAACGGACCCUGAGCGACCCAUGGGUCGGGGACGCGCGGGCCGCCGCUGCCAGACCCGUAACGGAGCGACACUCAAACCAAACGCCGCCGCCGCCGCCUCGGCGGGCAUGGCAGGAGCGAGAAGUCGAAGAAGGAGGAGGGGGAGACGGAGAAGCCUUAGGAGAAUCGCUUCGGACAGACCGGCGGCGAAGCAGCCGCCGCCGCCUCUACGUCAAUGGCGUGGAGCCGCCACACUCGCCCACGGCAGCGGCGGCACCGCCGCUGCCUGCCUCCGUAUAUCGCGCCGGCGCCGCCACUGCCGCUGACUUGCCGUACAAUGCAGCAAAGGGCCCCGGGGUGUCGGCGCCGCGGACGCCGGCUGGCGGCGGCCGGCGACGGCAGUCGUACAGCGGAGGCGACGCGAACGACGCUGAUGCGGCGAGAAUCGCCUUGGGAUUGGCGGGUCUUACGGACAAGAAUGCGGCGUACUUUGUGGCGGCGGAGAGGUCCCAGGCCGACGCUGAUGCAGACGCCGAUCUGCGCAGGGCCCACCGUCGUGACGCUGCUACAGCUGCUGCAGCUAGGCCAUCUGCACAUCAUCAUCAUCAUCAUCAUCAGGACCCUGAGCAGCGACGGGAGCAUCAACAUCGGGCGGUGGCGCCAGUUCAGCAGCAAGGGGAGGUGGACCUGGAGCGCGGUCAAGUGGGCUCCGCAGCACUGGCAGCGGCAGAUAACGCCCUGGGGGGGGGGGAGCUGACGCUGAAGCUAAAGCGCCGUAGCGGCGGCGACGGCGGCAUAACGAUCGCUGCUGCGGCCGCCGUUUCAAACCCCAGCGCGGACUCCGUGGUAUCCGUACCUAGCUUCGGCGGCUUCUUACCGCUGCAGUACCAGCACCAGCAGCGGGUGGCGGAGGCGACUGCCGCCAUACCGGAGGCGUGGCGACGGCAGCAGCAGCAGCAGCGGCAGCAGCAGGAAGCGGAGGAACUAGAGUUGCAGCGGCAGGCGGAGAUGGAGCGCGUCGAGAGGGAGUUGGCGGCUGUAGAAAGGGACUCCAACAUCGCCGCCGCCACCGCCGCUGCAGCAGCAGCUGCCGUCAGAGCUAUGCCGUCGACAGUCAGCAGCGACACGGUACCCAUGGCGCACACCGGUGUGACCGACGGGAAGGCAUCGUCGUACGCUCGUACGGCAGUCGUUUUAAGUGGCAGCGCCGGCGCAGCGGGACCGCCUUUGAAUACGUUGCUUCUGUCCGAGGUUGAGCGGCUGAAGGCAAUUAAUAGGGCCCUCGCCAGCAGCUUGCAUACUUACAGCCGUGUCGCCGACCGCUUGGACGGCGCGGCGGGGGCGGCGGGGGCGGCGGCGCCAGCCCCGACGGGAGCGGUACGGACGCUGUUUAAGCCACCCUUCCCAACUGAUGCCGCACCCAGUGCUAAUGCCGCAAUCGAUCUGGCGGCCCUGGCAACGGGGGUGAAUCCUCAGCGCACUUCUUCCGUGGCGGCGACGUACGGCAAGUCGUCGGCUUCGGCAUCAUCCGUACCUUCGGCGGCCACGACCUACACAGCCUCGUACCCUUUGGGGGUUUCGGUGCGCGCCAUGGCGGCGCCGUCAACGCCGGCGCCGGCCGUACGGCAUGUUCGGCUGGAGGAGCCUCGUGCGUCGUGGGCGCCGUCGACAGCUCUUCGCGAGCGCUUGCACGGCGGCGGGGACGGUGGGAGGGACCCCUUGGGCUUGCCGGGGGACAAGGCCCGCCAGAAUGACUCUGUGCUUGACGAUCAGUUGUACGGCAUACGUCAGCAGCUACAGGCGUUACGGGACGAGAUGGUUGUUGACAGGUUGGCGGCGCUGGCAGCAUCAGCCCCACGUGGCGGCGCCACCACGGCGGCAGCGCCGCCGCUGCGGCCGCUGCCAGCCCAGGUCAGCGGCGUCGUAACGUCGCAAGGCGCGGCGGCAACGCCGCUGUACCGUGACGCCGCCGGGCUGACGCGUCUUAAAGAGGAGAUCUCAGAACUUCAAGGCCGUGUGCGCGACGACCGGCGAUGGCACCACCAUCACAGCCUCGAAUCUGUGGUCUCGGAGCGAUCGGCGCUGUUCCGGGAGCUGCAACGCAGGGUUGAACGGCUCAUGUCGUCGCCGGUGAUCUGA